AUGAAGGUGCUGCAAAUCGCCUGCUUCGGUGAAAGAAGCGACCAGACGAGUUCGCCUCCACGACCUAUCCCUGCUAGCAGGCCGCCGUCACCGGAACCUUCCAUCGAUCGCCUGAGGGAGGUUCACGGCGAGAUGGUUGACUUCUCACGCCAUAUCAUGGAAAGCCAGCUACAUUUUCCCGGAGGCUACAUCCGACCUGUCUUUGGCUAUCAUCCAGACUACACGAAUCUGAUCGAGAACCACAUUCAAAAUCCUGACACUCGUUACGUCCGGGUUGCGCCCGAACUCGGAUAUGGCGAGAUCUACGCAACACCCUGGACUGUGGUCAGACCUGGAGAGACGGAGCCCAAACGGGGGUUUCUGAUGAUCAACUUCUCGCGGAACAGAUACAAUCCGAUGAUCCAUACCGGCUUCAGGGAAGAACCUCUCCCGGGUGGCCGAGAGAAUGCUUGGGAGUACAUCAAUAGGGUUGCUACUGUCACGCCGGAGGAUAUUCGUCAAAGAUUCGGUGAUGUCCGCUUCCUCGGCUUGCCCUAG